GCUGGGAGAACUGCAAAAAGAACACACCUGUGCCGGACAUCAUUAAAUAAAGACGCUAACACUUAAGUAGAACCCCUUGUCUAAUAGCUCAAGAAAAAUACAAUUUGUUCACCGAAGACAAGGAUUCUUUUCCAUACCAGUUAUUUCCAGAUGUCUAGAUGAUAUCCAGCUGCAGACUUUGAGCAGGCUCAGUGUUUCAGUUUGGAUAUACAAGACAUCUAUUGCAGUGAUGGAGCACCAACCAGGGAGUCCAGUGGCUGGGAAGGCAGAGGAGCAAUCAGGAAGUCUACUCCUCACCUAUUUCCAGGGAGAUAUUAAUAGCAUGGUAGAUGCACAUUUCUCACGUGCGUUAGAAAAUGUCACCAAGCCAAAAGGAGACAUCACUAAAAACAAGAAACCCUGCAAAUCGGUCAAAUCUGAGCAGCCAAGUACAAGUAACUGGGACAUGCAAUCGCAUCUGUGCUAUGAACGCACAGAUUCUUCAGGACAAAUCGAGCUUGGCAGGCCUGAAAAUCUGCCGACAAACCCCCGUCUGCCACUUAACGCUCCUGCGGAGAGCUCUAGUGUUUGGCUUAGUGAUCCACGGCAGGGCACGAGUCUGGUGUUACCUCCCAUGCUGUAUCCCUCUCCUGCAUCUGCCGAGGGUUUGUUGGUGGCAGAUCAUCAGUAUAAUUCCCUAUUAAACCUGCUCCACAGUGACCGGCCAGACCUGGGCUCUGUCAUGCUAGCCUCCUCCAAACAGGAGCUCAUGCCAGGCUGGACCCGGCAUCCAGGAUUUGGCGAUCAGAUGACUCCAGAUAACGGCCUUGACCCUGGUGUACCAGUGAUGGAGAAGAAGGAUUUGUAUUGGUAUUAGGGAAGCACUGUUGCAGUUUUCAGACUUCUUUACAUAUACGACAAAAACUGAUUCUCAAGAACAAGGAAGUCUUAUCUCUGUUCUACUUGUUUUAAGAGUUCAGUGCUUUGAAAUGCUUCACCCAGAAGCCACUGCACCUGACUGCAUGCAGACAAACCUGUUCAAAAACAAGCUGAUCACGUUGUCCAGCACACUGAGUUUUAAAAGAACUUCCCUAUAUGGGGGUUGGUGGUUCCUCUGCUUGUAGACAGAGCAUUUCAAAGUGACUUUCAGACAAGUUGGUGAAAACUGGUCAUACCUAGAUAUUUAUGUCAUUAGCCUUUCAAUUACUUGUUCUUGGGAAGCGUAAUAUCACAAUAUGGACACUGUUCAUGUCAACGUAUGUGUUAAUAAACAAAUGAACAUGCCUAGAAUGAAGGACACCAAAAUUAAUUUCUAAAUAAAUAAUGACCACAUGGGAAACUGAAGUCUGUUAUGAAAACAAAAAACAAUGAACCCCCCCCACACACACAUUUUUAUUCACAUUAUAGAUCUGUGUUUAUAGUUAUCAUCUAUUAAUUAAAUACUGCAAAUCAUUUGGACAUAGUGAGAAUGAAAGAGAUGAAAGAAAAUUAAAUGAGUUUCAUUGUGCACACAGAAACCCAGAGAUAUUCAUCUGAUAUACAGGAUUCAAUUCCCUUGUGAGAGCUGCCUGCACUUAUUUUUACUUCUUUGUGAACCUAUAGAUGAAACUGACCUGUAAAAUGUAUACAUAUGAAACUGCUGUGCUGUAUCAUGUGUAGCUGUAAUAUACAUGGUUUACAGAUAAACGUGUAUAGAGUAUGCAUGUAUGGCUUCUGUUAACAUUACAGGUAAUGAAUGUGUACAAUGUUUUGUUGAUAUCUUUGUUUGUGAUCCACUGUAAAUAAUGCAAAUAAACACAACAAUAUGUAGUGAAAA